UCCCGUGAGUAACGUCAGCUCCUGCGGGAACGGACUGCGGCUGUAGCCUCCAGCAACCUCCACACGGCUUUCGAGGAAAGAUGGCGACCAGAGUCCUUCAAACAGUGGGUAGAGGCCUUAAACAGACGAGAAGCGGGCUUCAUGCGAGCAGCCCAGUGAACGUCGCCCUCAGGAGCCUCUCAAAUGUUGGUGAUGAAAGCUGGUUCAAAUCCCUUUUUGUUAGAAAAGUCGUCCCCAGAAAAGAUGCUCACUCUCACCUGCUUGCCAAAAAAGAAGACAACAACCUGUAUAAAAUACAGUUUCACAAUGUCAAACCUGAGUGCCUCGAUGCUUACAAUGAACUUUGUGAGGAUGUCUUGCCUUCCAUUCACACUGACCCUGAAUACCCCUGUGAGCUUGUAGGCACCUGGAACACAUGGUAUGGGGAGCAGGAUCAGGCAGUUCACCUGUGGAGAUAUCGGGGAGGAUACCCGGCUCUCACCGAAGUCAUGAACAAACUCAGGCAGAAUAAGAAGUUUAUGGAGUACAGGAAUGAGAGGGGGAAGAUGCUGCUGUCUCGUAGGAACCAGCUGCUGCUGGAGUUCAGUUUCUGGAACGAACCCGUCCCUCGUCCAGGACCCAACAUCUAUGAGCUCCGAUCGUAUCAACUCAGGCCAGGCACAAUGAUUGAAUGGGGAAAUUACUGGGCUCGGGCUAUUGAGAUUCGCCAGCAGAACCAAGAGGCAGUGGGAGGCUUUUUCUCACAGAUUGGAAGUCUGUACACAGUUCACCACUUAUGGGCUUACAAGGACCUGCAGUCCAGAGAAAAUACCAGAAAUGCAGCCUGGCAGCGUGACGGCUGGGACGAGGUUGUUUAUUACACAGUCCCUCUUAUUCAGCACAUGGAGUCUAGAAUAAUGAUUCCCAUGAAGACUUCGCCCUUGAAGUAACUACUAACACCUGAGGAGAAUUCUCAGCCGCCACUGCAACUAUUACACUGAUCUGUCGAGAGUGUAACCAACCAUCAAAGUGUGCACUGCCAGGGAAAUCGGCUCAACAUCAACACAGUCUUGUUUCCUUUCAUUUGGUUUCUUUUCUCCCUUUUUUCUGUUUGGAUGAUGAGGUCAAAAUGAUUAUCACCAAAACUGUACCUGUUACAGCAGCGACUGUGUUACUGACCUAUUAAUGUGGUGUGCUUUUGAUUUGGGGGCACACUCCUCUUCACCUUCUGUCAUUUAAAGGGUGUUUGAAAUGUCUUGUCUGUCUUUUUGUUUAUUUUCUUUUCCUUUCUUUGUUGUUUGUGUGCUGUUCACAGGGCCUGAAAAGUAUCUUUUAAUGUACAAGAAAAUUUCAUGAUUUCUGAGUCCUGAAACAAAAUGAUGAUUACCAGUGUCUUACAGCAGAAAAUAAGAGCUCACAGUAGCUCACUGUCAAAAUUACAUGGCUUAAAAUACAUAUUGAGUGGUCAGUUUCACAGAGAUAAACCUGCAGUUUAAAAUUCAGUGUUAUAAAAUGAGCACUAAAGCUGAAAGGUACAGGUUUUGGUCUUUGUUUCAGAGCCACAGUCUCACUCCAAGUUCAUCAUGUGUCCACUCCUCUUUUGUUGCAUAGCUUUGAUACAGCCAACUUGGUGUUUACUCCUUUCAGAAUCAUUUGACUGGAUGAACCAAUUCCUGUCAACAAUACUGUAAUGAGCAUGCACACAAGUUGCCAGCUCAUUGUUUUUCCUUUUGUCUCACCAGAAUCAUGAAUACUGAAUUUGAAUUAUUUGCCCUGGUGUGUUUUGUUUUUUGUUUUUUUUUUAAACUGACCACAACUCCUGAUUCUUCAAAUUGUAACAUAUGACACACGCGGCUCUUCCAGACAGAAGACAUGUUUUUGAAUCCAGCGGAACUAAUCUGUAUUUACAGUAUAUCCUGCUGUACGCUUACUGACAAGUUUGGCCUUUCCCUAUAUCAAGUAGAUAAUGUCUGGGUGAUUGUAUGCUCUGACUAAGAUCAAUGUUUUCUUUCUUUCUUUCUUUUCUUUUUUUCUUUUUAAAUGGGCAGAUUGUAGAUAUACAUAGUGGGAUUAUUGGCCAAACCAUAGAUACAGACCCUCCUGAAUCUGAAUGUGCAGGGUCUUCUAUUACCUAGCGGGUGUUGAUAAACCUGUGAACAGGAGAGGAGUAGUAUCUUGUGUGAUAAACUGUAAAAUGCAGUGCUUUAAUAAGAUUAGUUGUACAUAUUUAAUUAAACUUCUGAUAAAAAUUAA